AGUAUUGGAAACGAGCCCUGCAACCGGAAACAGAAAAAACGUCAUCGAGCGACCGAGGCCCGAAUUUGACAGCCCAGCAGAGCGCACUGUCAAGCGAAUCUUUUCCUCUCUCUUUUUCCGGCAUCGUGUAUGCUAAGUGGACACAUUUCUUCGAAGAUAGACUGAAAUGGCUGACACAGCGAAGAAACCCGCCGCCAAGAAGGCAGCCGGUGGCAAGGCCGCUGGCAAAGGUGCCGCCGCCGCUCCAGUCGCAGCCAAGGGUAUCAAGAAGUCCCAGACCAAGGAGGCCAUCCUGGCCCGUACCCACAAACCGAAGGGCCAGCGUACGCUCAAGACGGCACUGCCCUACCAGAAGAAGAGCUACGGUCGUCUAUGGGCCAAGGCCGUCUUCACCGGGUACAAGCGGGGUCUGCGCAAUCAGCACGAGAACCACGCCAUCCUGAAGGUUGAGGGUUGCCGCAACCGCAAAAAUGCCCUGUUCUACAUCGGCAAACGGUGCGUGUACGUGUACCGUGGCAAGGCCAAGAAGAACGCACCAGGAGCGGCCGAAAAGAAGUCCAACAUCCGCGCCAUCUGGGGCAAGAUUACCCGCUCGCACGGUAACAGUGGCAGCGUGAGGGCCCGAUUCCGCACCAACCUGCCCGGUCACGCCAUGGGACACCGCAUCCGGAUUAUGCUGUUCCCAUCGCGUAUUUAAGUUAAAUUACAACUUACUGUGUAAAUUUAUAAAACAACUACAACAAAAAUAUAAAAGAAAACGGGAUAAUUCUGCCUAAAAAAAUCAAA